GGCGCAGUUUUUUUUGUUGCUGCCGCGCGCUCUUCAAAACACACAGAAGAAACGCGGGUUCAGAGCAGGAUAAUCUUUUGUUUAAAGUUUUACAACGUUUAGUUAAGAAUAUUAUCCUUUACUUUGGACGAACGAACAUCUAAGACGCUUUGGCAAAGCACAGGAAAUGAUGCCACUGACCAGAAAGAGAACACACUCCUCUCUGGACUCUGACAGUCAUCCUACCAAAAAGGGCAUGAGUGAGAUUUCUCCAGUCAAGAGAAGGUCCCCCAGGAAUUCUGCCAGGUCUCCUAAAAAGAGGAAGCCACCACUGGAACACAUUGAAAAGGACAACUGUCCUUCACAUAAAUCCCCACAGAAAUUACCAGCGUCACCAGCUAAAUCUCCCCGCAAAGCUUCACCAUUCAAAUCCACAUUGAUUUCGAGCUCAUUCUACAGCAAACCAAAGGCUGUCUAUCUCACACCACUGGAGAGGAAAAAAGUUAAGGAGUCUUUGCCCUCCCCUCAAUCAGAGGUCAUAAAGACCGCCACAAUCAUCAAGAAGGAUGGUAAAGGAGGCAAGAAGACCAAAAGAUUGUCUACAGAUUCAAAGAACGUCAAAAAUGGGAUUAAGAGGUACGCCACUUCAGCAAAUGCUGUGAAGGUGUCUACACUAAACAACAGGACUAAAGCAGCUGUGCCACCAGAGACAAAGAAAGGGAUCACUUUCACUUUCAGCAGUGGAAAGCCCAAACCCAAACUCUUUGUUGGAGCUGCGUUCUUUGGCACUGGCAAGAAACCAACAUCGAUGUACAAGAAAGCUGCCCCCAAGUCCUCAAACAGGCCCAAGAAAAACAAGGCGUGUGCACCCACACCACCAGCCCAGACUGAGAAACCGCAGCCACCAUUUGCUCUGGGAACACUGCAGGAGAUGACUGAGAAAUUACCACAAGAGACAGAGACCAAGACUGAGGCAGACUCCAAACAGUUGAGGAAGUUUGAUCCUUUAGACUGGGUUGAUUCAGUUGAUGAAAUGGUAGACGUUUUGAUUCCAACACCUGAAAGUUCCCCCAAAGAAAAAAUUGGUAUCAACAAAGAACUGACAGUUGUGCUGUCAAGGAGUCCAGAGGCAGAAUCCCGGGCAGUGUCUCUUUUCAAAUCCCAGGGAGGUUCAAUGUCUGAUGGUGGCUCAGAGUCUGUUUGUGACCUUAGUGACAUAAGCCCAAUGAACGGUAUGUAUCCCAUAUUUGGAUCUGCUUCCAAAAAGUCAAGGGUUGCAGUUUUGAGACCCCCAGUAUCCUGCAGCACCCCCUCUGGUUCAGUGUCGACACUGCAGACCAUUACUGGGACAAAAGAGAGGACCUUGAGGAAGAGGAAAGACAAGCAGGAUGAAGAUCAGCUCAUUAUUGAUGCAGGUCAAAAGCAGUUUGGUGCUACUAGCUGCAGCUCUUGUGGGAUGGUGUACAGUGCAGACAACCCAGAGGACAAUUUCCAGCACUCCCAGUUUCAUCAACGAUUUCUUGAUGCCAUCAAAUAUGUGGGCUGGAAGAAGGAGCGCGUCGUGGCAGAAUUCUGGGAUGGAAAAAUAAUUUUGGUGAUGCCUGAUGAUCCCAAAUAUGCCAUCAAAAAAGCAGAGGAAGUGCGUCAGAUAGCAGACAAUGAGUUGGGUUUCCAGCAGGUGGCGCUGUGCAGACCCGCUCAGGCCAAGACCUACCUCUUCAUUAACUCGGAGAAAAUGGUUGUGGGGUGUCUAGUUGCAGAACGAAUUCAACAGGCGUUUCGAGUGCUGGUGAAGCCGGACCAGGAGAAGGAUAUGACCAAAGAUGACUUUAUGGAGCGUCACAGAGCCUGGUGCUGCGCCACUGUUCCCGAGCAAGCCCUCUGUGGGAUCAGCCGAAUCUGGGUCUUCGGCUUGGCCAGGCGCAAAGGCAUCGCAACUCGCAUGCUUGACACUGUCAGGAGCACCUUCAUGUACGGAAGUCACUUGACAAAAGAAGAGAUUGCUUUUUCAGACCCAACACCAGAUGGCAAACUGUUUGCGACAAAGUACUCCAACACACCAGCUUUCCUUGUCUACAACUUUGUUUCUUAACUAUUGUUGAAACAACUAUCAGCCUGAGCUAAAGGUACAUUGAGCUGCAAAGUUAAUUAAAAUCAGCCUUUCAAUGUCUGUUCAGAUUUGUACAUUUAGUUCACUUGUUAAUGUUAAACAAACCAUAAUGUUCAAGAGUGAGAUUUCAACAUUCCUUUUUAACAUGUUCGGUUUUGGUUUAUUAGUAUUUAUUCAGAGCUGCACUUUUCAGAAUGUUUUGUGUAUAUGACAGCAGUGCAUUCUUUUCAAAUGUUUUAAUAUUUUAAGUACAAUUAGUUCCACUUUAGACCGGUCUUUUUGAAUGUUAAUCCAAUAACACACUGUUUUACCAAAUUUCUAAAAGAGUGGAUUGCCACACCUUACUUUUUUUUUUUUUUUUACAAAGAUUUUUUAUUUUUGGCAGUUUUAGCUGGUAAUAGACCCGUUAAAAAGAUGCAAUUGUGUGCUGCAUCCUAUUGCUAAUGAUAAUUGUUAAUAAAACUAUAUUUUAUGAAUCUA